AUGGUUGGAAAAAAACAAAAAUUAUCAAAAAAGAUAGCCAAAAAGUAUACACUCCAUAGAAAAUAUUAUAGUGAUACAGUUAGUGAAUUUUCCAGUUUAAAUCCAUUUCAAAGAACCAAGAAAUCCGAUAAAUAUGCAGCGAUUUCACAGAAAGUUAAUGCACAAAAUCAAAGAAUAAAAGAACUUGAAGAGCAACAAGAACAAGAUGAAUUAGAACAAGAAAUUGGUGGUGAUGUUGACACACUCUAUGAAGUUGGUCCAUCAUCUUAUGACCUUUUAGUUAAAUCAUCACAAGAUAAGUUAAAAUUAAGAUUAAAACAAUUGGAAGAACAAGAAAAAUUAGAAAAGAAAUUAGAAAAGAAUAAUAAAAAAAGAUCAUUUUCUGAUAUUAAAGAUCAAAAUCAAGAUGAGGAUGAGGAUGAAGAUGAAGAUAAUGAUAUUGAAGAAGAUGUAGAGGAUGAUGUAAAAGAGGAUGUAGAAGAGGAUGCAGAAGAGGAUGUAGAAGAGGAAGAAGAAGAAGAAGAAGUUGAAGGUGAAGAAGAGGAAGAAGAGGUUGAAGGAGAAGAAGAGGACGAAGAAGAAGAAGUCGAAGAAGAGGACGAAGAAGAAGAAGUCGAAGGUGAAGAAAUAGAAGAAGUUGAAAAUGAUUUAAAUAGUGAUAUUGAAGAAAAUGAAGAACAAGAUUUUACAGAUGUUUAUGGUAAUAAAGAUGAUAAAGAAGAGGAAGAAGAAGUUGAAACAAAUAAAACAUUAGAAAAAUUGAAAAAAUCAGAAUUAUUUGAAAAUACAAAUGAUAAUGGUAUUUAUAAUAUUCAUUUUAAUAAAGAUAUUACAAGUAAAGAAGAAAUGAAUGAAUUAUUAUUGAAGUCACAAAGUUUGGAAUCAAUUUCAAAAGAGAUUGAAGAUAUUGGUGUUAUUACAUCAAUAGGUUGUGUUGAUUAUGAUAAUUUAAUUAAUGAAAAUAAACCUGGAAAAUCCAAUCAAAAGAAAGUUAAAGAACAAAAAGAGAGUAUUUUACCAAAUUUAAAAAAUACAUUUCAUGAUUACGAUAUAAAGAAGAGAUUAUAUAAACCAUGGUUAAAAUCUAAAACAAAGAAAGAGAAUGAACUAUAUUUUACAAAUCUUCAAAAGAAUUUAUUCCCAAUUUUCAACGAAUAUCGUGAUUUAUUAUACACUGAAGAAUCAAUGAAAAACCAUAAGAGUAUUUUUAAACUUUAUGCAUUACAUGCCGUCAAUCAUAUAUUCAAAUCAAAAGAUCAAUUGAGUGAAGAUAAUGCAUUGAUAAAUGAAUGUAAAAAGUUGAAAAAACCAGAACCAGAUCUUAGACACCAAGGUUUCACUCGUCCAAAAGUUGUAAUCAUUGUCCCAUUCCGUAAUACCGCCUUUGAAAUCGUUAGAUUCAUAUUAAAACUUGUACCACACGAAUUAAAAGAUCAAGUUGAAAAUAAAACCAAAUUCAAUAAUGAAUACACUCAAUUCGAUCAAGAUCAAGAGAUUAAUGAAAAUAAACCAGAUGAUUAUAAAUAUAUUUUCCGUGAUAAUAUUGAUGAUUGUUUCCGUUUUGGUUUAUCAUUUAGAAAAGGUGGUGUUAAAUUAUAUUCAACAUUUUAUCAUGCUGAUAUUAUCAUUGCCUCACCAUUAGGUCUUCGUUUAGUAAUUGGUACUGAAGGUGAUUCACAAAGAGAUUUCGAUUUCUUAUCAUCUGUUGAAGUUUUAAUCAUUGAUCAAAUCGAUUCAAUUCAACAACAAAAUUGGGAUCACAUUAAUGUUUUAUUUGAAAAUUUAAAUAGAAUUCCAACUCAAGAUCAUAAUAUUGAUUUCUCACGUCUUAGAAAUUCUUCUUUAGAAGGUUUAAGUUCAAAUUUACGUCAAACUUUAUUAUUUUCUUCAAAUUUGACACCAGAAUUAAAUUCAAUUUUUAAUCAACAUUGUAAAAAUAUUUCAGGUAAAAUUAGAAUUAAAAAAAUUAAAAAUGGUGAAAUUACAAAUAUUGUACCAUCAUUAAGACAAACUUUCCAUAGACUUUAUUUAGAUUCAAAUGAUGAUUCUAAAAUUAGAUUUAACUUUUUAAUUGAUAAUAUUUUACCAAAAUUUGUACAACAAGGUGAAAAUAGUGGUAUUUUAUUAUAUAUUUCAAACUUUUUUGAAUUUACAAUGAUUAGAAAUUAUUUUAGAAAAGAAGCCAAAUCCUAUGUAAUUUGCUCAGAAUAUACAGAUCCAAAAGCAGUUACAAGAGCACGUUCACAAUUUAAAGAGAGUGCCAAAACAAUUAUGUUAUUUACCGAACGUUUCCACUUUUUUAAUCGUUAUCAUAUUAGAGGUAUUAAACAUGUAAUCUUUUUCGGGUUACCUCAAAAUUCUCAUUUCUAUUCAGAAAUUUUAAAUAUGAUCACUGAAAAUGAUGGUUCAAUUAUUUCUUUAUAUACUUUAAAAGAUAAAAUGGCUUUAGAAAGAAUUGUUGGUACCCAAAGAUCUUAUAAAAUGUUAGAAUCUGAUAAACCAACUCAUUUAUUUAGUAAUUAA